UGGCGCCUUUAACGGCGUGCGCGGCGGCAUGGGGCGUGGCGUUUUUAGACCCGUCCGACCCCAUGGAUUGUGGGAUCGCCGGGCAUCAGGGUGUUGAACAGCGGUGGCAUAGCAGGACCCAUCCCAGCCAGCAUCGACGCCCUCAUCGGACUCACCCACCU